AUGCCUCCCGUCCAGCCGUCCGCCAGCGGGAGGCAGCAGGGGGCCAGGCUGGGCUGGCUGGCCCUCCAUGAAGUAGCAUUUCACGACGCACAACCUCCCUGCCUCUCCCUCUGCCCUGACCCCACCUUCCCCUCGUCCUGCCCCAGGGUGGGACGGAAGAGCUGGAUGAAGGCAGCCAGUGUACCCCUCUCACGGCCCCCCUCGAAGGCCUCCACUCUCCCCUGGGCUCCCCUUGCCUAA